UCGAGGGAAAUAAAGCUAUUGCAGUAGCUGACUUCCUUUUCUGUGUUGGGGGGAAAAAUGGUUUCAUCAUCUUCCUCUUCUUCUAAGAUGGCAACCAUGGUAGCUCUGUUAUUGUUCCUUUCCUUCACUUUCUGUUCAGCUUUGGAUAUGUCGAUCAUCAGCUACGAUGAGAAGCAGGAGUCGAAUUCGAGGAGUCAUGAUGAGGUGAUGGCUCUGUACGAAUCGUGGCUGGUGAAACACGGUAAGAAUUACAACGCCCUAGGAGAGAAAGAGAAGAGGUUCGAGAUCUUCAAGGAUAACCUCAAGUUCAUCGAUGAGCAAAACGCCGAGGAUCGUACCUACAAGUUAGGUCUGAACAGGUUCGCCGAUCUCACCAACGAAGAGUACCGUGCCAUGUAUUUGGGUACCAAGAUCGAUCCCAAGCGUCGAUUAUCGAGGCGUAAGAACGGUCGCUACGCUUUCCGUGCCGGCGAUAGCUUGCCGGACUCCGUCGAUUGGAGAGAUAAAGGUGCCGUCGUUUCCGUCAAAGAUCAAGGCAGCUGCGGGAGUUGCUGGGCGUUUUCGACGAUUGCUGCUAUUGAAGGGAUAAACCAGAUCGUAACAGGCGAUCUGUUAUCGUUGUCGGAGCAGGAGCUGGUGGACUGCGACACUUCAUACAACCAGGGAUGCAAUGGAGGUUUGAUGGAUUACGCCUUCCAGUUCAUCAUCAACAAUGGUGGAAUUGACACAGAAGAAGAUUACCCUUACAAAGCUUCCAAUGGCCAAUGCGACACGUAUCGGAAAAAUGCCAAGGUUGUCACCAUUGAUAGCUACGAAGAUGUUCCUACGAACGACGAGAAGUCAUUGCAGAAGGCAGUGGCCAAUCAACCCGUUAGUGUUGCCAUUGAAGCUGGUGGCCGGGCUUUCCAACUCUACCAAUCCGGUGUAUUCUCAGGAUUGUGUGGGACAGAGCUGGAUCAUGGCGUGACUGCUGUUGGUUAUGGCUCAGAUAAUGGUGUUGACUACUGGAUUGUGAAGAACUCAUGGGGUUCCAGUUGGGGUGAGAGUGGAUACAUCAGGAUGGAACGUAAUUUGAAAACUGCCCUUACCGGCAAGUGUGGAAUUAGUAUUGAACCCUCUUACCCUGUCAAGAAGGGUCAGAACCCCCCUAACCCCGGCCUUUCUCCUCCCUCUCCAAUUAAGCCACCCACCGUUUGCGAUAAUUACUACUCCUGUCCUGAGAGUAACACCUGCUGCUGUAUGUACCAGUAUGGUAGCUAUUGCUUUGCUUGGGGAUGUUGCCCGCUUGAGUCUGCUACCUGCUGUGAAGACAACUACAGCUGUUGCCCAUCCGAUUACCCCGUCUGCAACAUCGAUGCGGGGACUUGCCAAGUGAGCAAGGGCAACCCACUUGGAGUCAAGGCAUUGAAGCGCACUGCUGCUAAGCCCUUUUGGAAUUUUGGCGCCGCUGGCCGCAGGAAGAGCAGCAGUGCUUGAGAGUUGAGAUGCUGUUGGGGUGUUAUGGGCUAGAAAGUUUAAAUGGUGAAAGGAGAUGCACAGUGAAGGAUUGCUGUGCUUGCUGACCACCAGUGGAAUGGUCACCCACUUACAUGCCAUUGUACCAACAUAUUGGUCUAAGAUUGCAGUUAGAUGUUAAAAGUGUUCCGAUUCACAUGAUUAUUAUUGUACAUAACGUAUUUUUCAGAACAAAUUAUUGUUCGCGCACUUUACGUUCUCUGUAAGUCGAAACCUUCAUUUCCCAUUGAUAAAUCAGUUAUAUUCUGCUA